CGGCGAGCUCCGGGCGAGCCAGCUCCAAAACUGCACGGUGAAGGCCUUCAUGGUGCGGCAAAACGAGUGCGGCGACAUGAUUACGGACUCGCUGCGCCUGCAGAACCCAGAUGACACCCUGCCCAUGAAUCUGUGGCUGGCCUUGCCAAACGUCAUUGUGCAUCGAAUCGACGCGUGGAGCCCCUUUCUUCCCCCGCUCGAUCGGGAAAGCUUGGACGGGGGUAUUCACCAACAGAAAGCCAAGCCUGGAACUGCUGGAUCCGAGGAAGCGGAGCAGGCGCUCGAUAGAGAUAGUGCGACGAGAGGACAAGAACUUCUAGCGGCAGCUGGUGAUCCUGAAGUUCUUGUUGGAAACAACGAUGGAAAUAAUUCUAUCAGAGACACGACUCGUUCGAACAAGCCGAGCGGCCCACAACAGGACCACGCUAUGGCGACAACGCGCCAAGGCAUGACGCAGUCACAGUUUCACGACAGCAGCGGCAAGUGCGGAGGAGCGGUACUGCCAGAAUGUGGUGCGCAUAGCAGUGCCGACGGAGUUGGUGGCCAACACCGCAAUGUUCCCGCUGCAACUAACGAAAUUUCUGCGAGUUGCACAACGCAUUCCACUGUCUCACCGUCUUCGGACCGAAUCGACCCAACGCAGCAGCCUGGACGAGAGCAGACGCAGAAGGACCACGACGGCGUGCAUGAUUUACGCUACAGUUCUUGUGCAGGUGGAGAUGUUACCACUGGGUCUAACGGGCGCAACGACCAAACGACCCGUGACAGCAGGAUGGUAGCUCCUGUGGUAGAUCAUGGGCGACAUCAUCAAAAGGGACACCAACAACGUGGCGCAACUGAGCUACAAAACUCGGAUGAUGAGAACGAAGGAGACGAAGAAGACGCGGAGGGGAGGGAGCCACUCUUGUACGGUGGCGGGGAGGGCGAAGAGGUUUUUUUUCGCCGCCGCUUACGAUUACAGAAGUUGCACGACCGCGGCCAGCUCGUGGAUGCCGAUACCAUGGAAGAGUGGCGGAAACGAAAGAAGAAGGAGCUUCGCAAAAAGAACACCUUAGGCCGUGAAGCCUCGUUUUCCCGGCUCGCGAAUGCGCUGCAGCAACCUCUGCUUGCGAAUUGUUCAUCGUCAUCUUCCCCUGCCGGUGAUAGUUGCUCACUUUCGGCACCAUUGCUGCAACAACCUGCAGUUGAGGUAGAGAGGGGUCGACGUGCAGAUGGAGCGACGGUGUUGCCAAACGAUAAUGAAAAUUCGGCGGACCUCCGUUUGGACUUGGAGAGUACAACGGGAACAAAUAGAUUGACAGCGAGAGCAGGAGCAACCUCCGACGCAAUUGAGAAUGGAACUGGAAACACAAACAGCGCUUACAACUCUUCUCAUGGCUACACACCACCAAACGCGGUCUUAAAUUCUUUCCCUGCAGCUCCACCCCACGUAGAAGUGCUGCCCUCACCCCCGGCGACCGCCACACUCGCCCAAACCGCGGCCCAGCCGCUGAGCUCCUGCUCCAUUCCGGAGCUUGGUGUUCUUCCUAGUGGUAAUGUAGCAGCGCACCAUCCGCAGCAGCCCGCCUCCGGUGUGGUCGUACCCAUGACGACCACGCUGCCGGGUCUAAACAGCACCAGCGUCAUUCCGGACCCCGCUGCGGGGCCUGCUUUGGAGAAACCUUUGACCCGACGGGCGGCGCUUUUGUACGACCACCCCUUUCUUGUGGCAAAGGCCGAGCGCCACGGGUGGUCGUGUCGGCUGCCCUGGGCCGGGAGUUUGCGUGAGCGGGUGCAAGAUGCGGAGAACGGCACCCGGACGGGCUUUGUGUGCACCGCCUGCGGACGCGGCUUUCACUCCCGCGACGGCUUGAUGCGGCAUUGCCUCUACAAAGUGGAAAUUGCUCGUCCAGUUGAGAAGCACUCGACGAGGAUGAAGCCAGGAGCAGGAGAACAAAUAACCAGUACGACCCUUGCUGGUCACGGAGCUCCACUGCAGCCGCCGCUCGAAGAUCACCACGCGUCGCGACAGGCGCAUUUCAAGGCGGUCAAGCGAAAGUGCAUCGUGCAGUCGUGCGAAGACGAGGCCCACCGGUCGCUCCUGGGCGAGCUCCUCCAGCACCAACAGAACAAGAUGCGAGGAAGUCCGUUGGUGGUACUCCCGAGCAAUCAAAUCGUAGCUUGUAGUUCCACGGCAACAUCGAUUGAUAUGACUGCGGCAAAGCGCGAGGCGCGGUCGACGACGGCCUUCGUUGGAAGCACCGGUUUUGAAUGUGCAGCUACGCAGAUGUCGCAAACAACAACUGGGACAAGAACUACAAGCGUGGGCAAGCCAGAUCAACAUCUUCAGGGCGGGUCUUUUGUCGCCCAGUCACAACAACUGACGAAUCGUUCUCGCCAGCCACAACUGACGAAUUUGGCUAGCACCGCUCCUCGCGGUAAGAACGACCAAAGUUCAGAAAAGAAACCCAUGAUGAAGAAACCGCCGCUGAGAAAGAUUUUGGAGCACUACUUGCAGACGAAGUGGGUGGAAGUCUUAGUGGUGCUCGACGGGAACGAACCGACCACGGGGCAUGCGGUGGAAGCGCGCCAAAGCUACCGUCAGCAGGACAUCGUCUGGGAUCAGGUUUUUUCCCCCUGCGUCACCACCACCUUCGACGACGCAACCGGAACGCGCUCGGCGCUGCUGGAUUUCAAGAAGUUUCACAAGCUUCGCCCCUUCGAUGGGCGAGUGGAGGAUUUGAAAUUGCAGAGUUACCUCUGACGCAGCAAAAUGAUCGGGCAUACGUACUCUGCAAAGCCGGGUGCUGUGUCUUCGUUGUUGGGGUGACAAAGAGCCAAAUCGAUGUGCUGUAGUAUACUGGACUUCAGCGAAUCUGGUCUACAUGCUAGCGCUGACAAACACAAACGACUUUCGACAGCAUAGCCAAAUGCGUGUCACUUUUUGCUUUGAGUUUCCGAGGAUCUUGAAAAGGCUCGACCUGUUACAUA